AUGAUUUCUGGCUGCCAGGUAUACGUCAACAAAAAUGGCAAGUAUCAACUAGCAGAGGUACUGGGAAAUCAAGUACAAAAAGACGAGACAGUUUAUUAUGUCCACUAUGUCCUGUAUAACAAAAGAUUGGACGAGUUGAUUUCUCUCGACAAAAUUGAUUUCCACAGACCGAUGUAUCCACCGAAGCCAGCGGAAAGAAAGGAGAAAAGGCACAAGAAGAAGAGUAAGAAGCGAAAUAACGAUGUUAAGAAAAAUACAAGAAGUACCACAGCUGACAAAUCGUUGAAGGAGGACGAAGUAGAUUUGGAUAAUUUGAAUGUACAAGGUAUAAUCAAGGAUGGUGAGAAAAUGAGUCGGACAGACGAGCUCGAAAAGCUUCGAACUAGCGGUUCUAUGAUGCAGAGCGAUGUGCACGCCUUAGCACGGAUGAGGAACUUUAACAAGGUGUAUAUAGGGAACCAUGAGGUAGAACCAUGGUAUUUCUCGCCGUAUCCUGUGGAAUAUACGGAAGACGGAGUGCUUUAUAUUGAUGACUUCAGCUUGAAAUACUUUUCUUCAAAGAAACAGUUUGAACGAUUUAGAAUGAAGUGCACUUUACGUCAUCCUCCUGGAAAUGAGGUAUAUCGAGACAGCUAUGUAUCAUUCUUUGAGAUAGAUGGUAAAAAGCAGAGAACAUGGUGCAGGAACUUAUGCUUAUUGUCGAAGCUUUUCCUUGACCAUAAGACGUUGUACUACGAUGUUGAUCCUUUUUUAUUCUACUGCAUGACUAGAAGGGAUGAAUACGGCUACCACUUGGUGGGGUAUUUUUCCAAGGAGAAGGAGAGUACUGACAGCUACAACGUAGCAUGUAUCUUGACUCUUCCGCAGUAUCAAAGACACGGCUUUGGUAAGUUGUUAAUUCAGUUCUCGUAUGAGUUGUCGAAGAAAGAGGGCAAAGUGGGGUCUCCUGAAAAACCCUUGUCGGAUCUUGGUCUUCUAUCAUAUAGAGCAUAUUGGACAGAGACAUUGGUGACUCUUUUGAUUGAAAACAAAUUAACCGAUGUCAGUAUCGACGAGAUCUCGCAGAUGACCUCGAUGACUACCACAGAUAUUCUUCAUACUCUUCAGACUUUGAACAUGCUCAAGUAUUACAAAGGCCAGCAUAUAAUCUGCGUGAGUGAUCAGGUGAGCUCUGCAUACGAUAAGCUGCACAAGAAGAAAAAACACAAGCUUGAUUCGACCAAGUUGAUAUGGAAGCCUCCUGUUUUCACUGCUGCUCAGCUCAGAUUUGGCUGGUAG